AAUAACUGUCGCACAUGUGCGAACAUAUACGCACAACAAGGAAGAAUUUUACUAGCGCGAAGACUUUCGCAUAAUUUUUUGUAACCUGAAAAUUAUGUUAUUGCAUUUAAUAUCACCUAUAUCUAUUGUAUAAGUGUAUCUCUACUAAAAACUAUGAAUUCACUUCGUACAAGUUCCCUGGUUGUUGUACGGAAGGACUCAAAAGGAGGUAGAAUAUGAAAAAUGGUCUAUUUGAAGAUCAAUUUUCUCGUCCGAUACCUCUGCAAAUUUUGGCGCUCAUAUGCCAAUUAGCAGUAUUCAUGUCAGGCUGUCAAACUAUCCUUUCGAAUUUACGGCAUAUUCAGCUUCAGUUUUGCUGGUUCAUCACAACAAAUUUUGCUAAGAACCGCUUUUCUAAGUUCUUGUGAUAUUUUUUAAGUUAAGAUCUGGGGUACAAGAAGUUUAACUAAGAUAGGACAACAAACUCAGAAACUAGGAAAGUUUUCUCUCAAAUAAUUUCUUUCUGUUGUCGACUGAGCUCGUCUUGACUUAGGAUAAACUGUACGCUUAAAGAGGGGGAUCCCUAGCCUAUACUACUCUCAAACUUUACCCUCCUAGAAAGGAUAUUUCAAUGUAUAUAUCCUAAAAUUGUUUUCAGGACUGCAGUCCUGAAAAUAAUUUCAAAACACGGUACCUCGAUUGAAUUAGGAUUUCACCUUUGUCUAUGAUACAUCAAGGUCCUCUGCCAUCGGUCUUAGCAAAAUGAUUAUAACUUCUGAAUGAAACGAUAUGAACGCAUAAAUUUUUAUAGAGCAUUAGUGCUGUAAAUUGACGUUAAAAAGCGUCGAUUACCUCACGUCGAUCAAGAGUUAAUAGUAUUUUGAUGAAAAGAAACUAUAUUUGAGAUAUUACUACAGCCAUAGAAAGUAGAAUAUCUUGUGUGGAAUCCAGUAUAAAGCAAAAAUCGAAGUCGAUUGUUUUGUAGAAAACAAACUAGAAAAUUAUCUAUCUACUGAAUGAAUUUUUUGCAAAUGUUUAAAUGAUCGUUAGCUGAACCAGACAAAUGCGUUAUAGAAGUAUUUAGUUUCUUCUGCGGCAAGCACCUGUUAUAUCUCAUGUCGGAGAAAAUUUCUCCCUCUAAUGACUCACUGAUAGAAGAAAAUUUGAAGUACAUUGAGCACGACGGAAAUUUAGAAAACAUGUCGUCAUGUUCUCUAAAUGGUUAGUUUUCGAUUGACGCUUGCUUAAAUGUGGCAAAAUCCUGUCUGAGGUAUUUUUGUGAUUUGGAUUGACAGUGCAUGAGUUGAUUACUAAUUUCUCUGUUUCCACUAAAACGUGGUGUGUUGUGUAUUUAGGAGAACAAUGGCCUGAUUGUCCGACAAUCAAAGAAAUUCGAGAUCAAGGCAGUUGUGGCAGUUGCUGGGCAUUUGGAGCUGUUGCGUCGAAAGGUGCAACAAACGCUCAUAUAUCAGCCGAAGAUUUAGUUGAUUGUUGUCGAUUAUGUGGUUUUGGAUGUAAUGGAGGAUUCCCACAUCAGGCAUGUGUUAACAAGACUCUUCCACCUUGUCAAGGUGAACAGGGAACACCGAAAUGUGCUAAAAAAUGUAUCGAUACAUAUUCAAUUCCAUAUAAAGACGAUAAACAUUUUGGCAAAACGGUUUAUACAAUUAAAUCAGAUGUUAAACAAAUACAAACAGAAAUAAUGACCAAUGGUCCCGUCGAAACAGCAUUUACAGUCUAUUCAGGCGUUUAUAAACAUACAAGUGGACAACAAUUGGGCGGACAUGCUGUUAAAAUGCUUGGCUGGGGUGUUGAAAACAAUCAAUCGUAUUGGUUAGUCGCCAAUUCAUGGAACAACGAUUGGGGUGAUAAUGGUUUUUUCAAAAUAUUACGAGGAAAAGAUGAAUGCGGUAUUGAAUCUGGAAUUGUUGCUGGUGAACCUCAACUCAACUGA